AUGGAGGGCAACAGCCCGAAAGGAAGAGAGUUCAUCUCUCUCACACCUGUGGCCAAUGGUCUGGAGAACAUGGGGGCCGAGCUCUUGGAAAGGGGCCAGGCGGGAGAGGACACCGAGAACCAUGACGGCAAUGGCCCCGGUCUUCAUGUUCGAAAGCGAAAGCAGGGCUGUGCCCAGACAGCCCUGGCCGCUGGCCGCCAUGGAGGGCCUUGGUGUUCCCAGUCUCGGAAGAAUGGUGUGCCUCUUGCCCACAUUUCCGGCCAAGUCGCCAGAGGUGUGGACGGACCUGCCACUCCUGCAACUGCUCCCAGGUUCUCCGUCCUUGCAGCGUUCGCUGCCUUCCUGCUGGUCGCCGGCCUCCUGGAUUUCCAGAGGGCCCUGGCACUGUUCGUCCUCACCGGUGUGGUCCUCGCCUUCCUGGCCCACAGCCUGCUGAAGAGGCUGCUGGGGCCCAAACUGCUGAGGUGUUUCAAGCCUCUGGGGCAUUGCCGCCUGAACGUCUGGUUUGAGAGGACUCUGGCCCUCGCUGCUUUCCUGGGCCUGGUCUCGUGGCUGGUUCUGGACACCUCCCAGCGACCCGAGCAGCUAGUGUCCUUUGCAGGAAUCUGCGUGUUCAUCUGCCUCCUCUUCGCCUGCUCAAAGCAUCACCGCACAGUAUCCUGGAGGACUGUGUCCUGGGGCCUCGGACUACAGUUUGCACUUGGACUCUUCGUCAUCAGAACAGAGCCAGGAUUUAUUGCAUUCCAGUGGAUGGGCAACCAGAUCCAGAUCUUCCUGAGCUACACGGACGUGGGCUCCAGCUUCGUGUUUGGGGAGGCCAUGGUCAAGGGAGUCUUUGCCUUUCAGGUUUUGCCCAUCGUUAUCUUCUUCAGCUGUGUCAUGUCGGUUCUCUACUAUGUGGGCCUCAUGCAGUGGGUGAUCCAGAAGAUCAGCUGGCUGAUGCAGGCCACCAUGGGCACCAUGGCCACUGAGACCCUGAGUGUGGCUGGAAACAUCUUUGUGAGCCAGACCGAGGCUCCUCUGCUGAUCCGGCCCUACUUGGCGGACAUGACUCGCUCUGAAAUCCACGCCGUCAUGACCGGAGGCUAUGCCACCAUUGCCGGCAGUCUGCUGGGCGCCUAUAUCUCCUUUGGGAUCGAUGCUGCCUCCCUGAUUGCUGCCUCGGUCAUGGCCGCCCCUUGUGCGCUGGCCCUCUCCAAGCUGGUCUAUCCCGAGGUGGAGGAGUCCAAGUUUAGGAGCCUGGAAGGGGUGAAACUGACCGGCGGAGACGCUCAGAACCUCUUAGAAGCAGCCAGCAGUGGGGCUGCUGUCUCCGUGAAGCUGGUUGCCAACAUCGGAGCCAACCUGAUCGCCUUCCUGGCGUUGCUGGCCUUCGUCAACGCGGCCCUGUCCUGGCUGGGAGCCAUGGUGGGCGUCCAGGAGCUCAGCUUCCAGCUCAUCUGCUCCUAUGUCCUGCGGCCCGUGGCCUUCUUAAUGGGUGUGACCUGGGAGGACUGCCCGGUGGUGGCCGAGCUGCUGGGGAUCAAGCUGUUCCUGAACGAGUUCGUGGCCUAUCAGGGGCUCUCCCAGUACAAGCAGCGCCGCCUGGCCGGAGUCGAGGAGUGGGUGGGCACCAGGAAGCAGUGGAUCUCCGUCAGAGCAGAAAUCCUCACGACGUUCGCCCUCUGUGGAUUCGCCAACUUCAGCUCCAUUGGGAUCAUGCUGGGAGGCCUGACCUCCAUGGCCCCCCAGCGGAAGAGCGACUUCUCACAGAUAGUGCUCCGGGCGCUCUGCACGGGGACCUGUGUGUCGCUGGUGAAUGCCUGCGUGGCCGGGAUCCUCUAUGUGCCCAGGGGGGCUGAAGUUGACUGCACGAGCCUCCUGAACACAACCGUCAGCAGCAGCAGCUUUGAGGUGUACCAGUGCUGCUGUGAGGCCUUCCGGAGCACCAGCGCAGAGGUCAGCCGCGGGGCCCUGGACACCUGCUGUCGAUUUUACAACCACACGACCUGUGCGUAG